AGUGAGCCAUUGUAUUUAAAUGCACGGUGAUGAGCGCGAAAUUGUAUCCCGUUUAGGUGUUGUGGGUGGAAAGUUUGCAAUAAAGUUGCAGUUUAUAAAGUAUCGACUGAUAGGAAGCACAUGUCUGCUGUUUUCCAAGCUCAACUCUUACUGGAAGUUAGUGUAAAUAUGGUGUAGUUGUGGAGCACAUUUAAGGAUGAACAGCCAAGAGGAAAUGGGAGCAAGGAUACAUACAUAAUUGUGUUGUUAUCCUGCUAUGAAUGUUUUUGUAGUGAAGUAUAAAGUGUGGAGGUGAAAGUUUAAAUUGGAAAACGUUGUGUGUGAACUGUUGUCUAUCAUAAAAUUAGUGGAAUCGAGCAAUUGAGAAUUAUAAUUUGAAUGACGAAGGACACACAUAAGCCACAUAAAUGCAAUCGGCUACCGAUGUGGAUGGUGCUUCAGGUGUGAAGAGGACUACACACAGGGAUCCAAAUGCCAAUGGGAAAAUUCCGACGUGGUGACCAGACAAGAGAUUGCUCUUUGAAAUUUCCCCUGGAUGUUCUAUGGCUCCCUAAAUCUGCUAUCAUGAAGCCUGUCGGGCCAGAUAUUUCAUAUUCCGAGUAUAUUCUCGUGGUUGGGAUUUCCAAACCCAAAUUGGCGGCUCUCUUUCUCUCUGUCAUGAUUAUUUCUCUUUUUUUCACCUUCCACGUCUUGUACGACCGUGCCGUUUUCAGUAUGCAGGUAACACCAACGAUAUCCGAUGGAAGUAGCGGAUAUUCAAUGGGAAAUCGCCGCAGUGUUUUCGAUGAUGCCGGCAUUGUCAUCAAUCAUCCCAUUGUUGUGCCGAAUCGUGUUCAUUUCCCCAAAACGGGACGACGCCUCCCCCAGGCGCUCAUAAUUGGGGUGAGGAAGUGCGGCACGAGAGCCCUGUUGGAGAUGCUCUACCUCCAUCCGCGUAUCCAGAAGGCCGCCGGUGAAGUGCAUUUCUUCGAUCGAGACGAAAAUUACCUAAAGGGUCUCGAGUGGUAUCGAAAAAAGAUGCCACACUCCUUCCGUGGGCAGAUCACCAUUGAGAAGAGUCCAAGCUAUUUUGUCACACCUGAAGUACCUGAACGUGUUAGAGCGAUGAAUGCUAGUGUUAAACUAUUAUUAAUUGUUAGAGAGCCAGUCACAAGAGCAAUAUCAGACUACACCCAGCUGAGGAGUCACUCAGCCACGGCAACACUCCCCCAGGUGCAAGGUACGACGAGCGGCGGUGUUGCUCCAUCGUCACAGGUGUCUCGAAAUUUCGAGGAACUGGCUCUUUUCCCCAAUGGAUCCGUCAAUGAAUCGUAUCGCCCAUUGGCCAUAUCCAUGUACCAUUUGCACAUGCACCGAUGGCUGGAGGUAUUUCCGCGUGAGCAGAUGCUGAUUGUGAAUGGUGAUCAAUUGAUUGACGAUCCACUGUCGCAGUUGACACGGAUCGAGACCUUCCUUGGCAUUCAGCAUCGGAUAAAGAGUAACAAUUUCUACUUUAACGCCACCAAGGGGUUCUUCUGUUUGCGCAAUGAAACCGGCGAUAAGUGCUUAAGGGAGACAAAGGGCCGAAAGCAUCCGCACGUGGAUCCGGCUGUUAUAAGCAAAUUGCGGCGUUUCUUUGCGGAUCACAAUCAAAAGUUCUACGAGUUGAUUGGUGAAGACUUGGGGUGGCCUGAAGAGUAGAUGUAAUGCAAUACUUCAGGGCCAACAGAACUCAAAUCAGUUUUCUUCCUUUUUAAAUGCCAUAAAUAGAUAAAAUUUUUUGUAUAGUAUGGUUUCAGCGAUAUAUAGAAUUUAAUUUAAAAGAAAACAAAUAUUAAAAAAAAGAAAAA